GUGGUCUAAUCUAACUUCGAUAUAUUAGGUUAUCUUGUUGGAUGAGAUGUCAAAAAAUCGACUCACUUUCAGUUGCGCGCAGUGGUCAGAACUGAUCUGAAGCUAGUUGUUCGGUGAAGUAGGCGACUUGAUUCCUGCUAUGACUAACUUUGAUCACAAGCAAUAAAUAGCCUACAGCUCGUGGUCGCUGACAGUCUAUGGAAUAUGUACGUAUACAACGCGGUAUGAGUGAAGCGAAGUAGGCUACUAGACUGCAAGAACAAGCAUUCAUGGCUGCCGAUGAGUCAACAGUGAUUGUAACUUUUUCUGAAGUCCAAAGUCGCUUCUAGGCUACAAAUGGGUUCCAUGUUUGAUCUGAGCGUUGCUGUAAGACUCUAUUUGCUGUCUUGUUUCGUUGUAUUUGUGGACUUCACUUUAGGCUUGGGACAAAGCCAAGAUACUGAAUUCACGUUUCAACUCCCUGCGGGUAGAACAGAAUGUUUCUACCAAACAGCUACGAAGAACGGAAGCCUGGAAGUAGAAUACCAGGUGAUUGCAGGUGCAGGCCUGGAUGUGGGCUUCACCCUGAUCUCCCCCAGCGGAUACAAGCUGGCCUCUGAGUUCAGGACAUCUGACGGCAUCCACACGGUGGAGCCUACAGAGGAUGGAGACUACCGGCUGUGUUUUGACAACAGCUUCAGUAAGCUUUCUGAGAAGAUGGUGUUCUUCGAGGUGAUCGUGGAGGGCCAGCCUGGGGACACCUGGGGCGAUGAAGAGUGGGCUGACAUGGCCAAGCCAGAGAGUAUGGUGGAGUACAAACUGGAAGACAUCAGGGAGACCAUGGACUCAGUGCACAGGCACCUGGAGCGGAGCCGGCAGCUUCAGACCAUGCUGAGGGCCUUCGAGGCCCGGGACCGCUAUCUACUGGAGGACAAUCUGUGGAGGGUCUCGUUCUGGUCCUCCAUGAGCCUCCUGGUCAUCCUGACUGUGGCCGUCACACAGGUCUACACCCUCCGACGCCUCUUCGACGACAAGAGGGUCUGCAAACCCUAGUGUCCAGUAGUAUCUUCCACCACCCCACACCUUUCCCAGUAGUAUCUUCCACCACCCCCACACCCUUCCCAGUGGUAUCUUCCACCGCCCCCACACCCUUCCCAGUGGUAUCUUCCACCGCCCCCACACCCUUCCCAGUGGUAUCUUCCACCGCCCCCACACCCUUCCCAGUGGUAUCUUCCACCGCCCCCACACCCUUCCCAGUGGUAUCUUCCACCACCCCCACACCCUUCCCAGUGGUAUCUUCCACCACCCCCACACCCUUCCCAGUGGUAUCUUCCAGCAGACCCACACCCUUCCCAGUGGUAUCUUCCACCACCCCCACACCCUUCCCAGUGGUAUCUUCCACCGCCCCCACACCCUUCCCAGUGGUAUCUUCCACCGCCCCCACACCCUUCCCAGUGGUAUCUUCCACCACCCCCACACCCUUCCCAGUGGUAUCUUCCACCACCCCCACACCCUUCCCAGUGGUAUCUUCCACCACCCCCACACCCUUCCCAGUGGUAUCUUCCAGCAGACCCACACCCUUCCCAGUGGUAUCUUCCACCACCCCCACACCCUUCCCAGUGGUAUCUUCCACCACCCCCACACCCUUCCCAGUGGUAUCUUCCACCACCCCCACACCCUUCCCAGUGGUAUCUUCCAGCAGACCCACACACGGCCCGAUGGUAUUUUCCACCACCCCCACACCCUUCCCAGUGGUAUCUUCCAGCAGACCCACACACGGCCGAUGGUAUUUUCCACCACCCCCACACCCUUCCCAGUGGUAUCUUCCACAAAGAUGCCAUAGAAGGGUGUUGGGACUAACAGGACCCUACUGUAAAGUAAUGGUUUCAGUGAUUGAAGAAGAGACACUAUUGACAACAGUGAUGUUUGGUAAAUGAGGGACUGUUAGUAAGGAUUUAGUGAUGUUUGGGUGUGAUGAGUUUGAUUCAGCUUUUGAGUGGCAGAAAAGUGCAUGUUUGUAUGUGAGUAAUAAACACUGUAUAAUGAU